AAUAUUUAAUUUUCAAGUCUUCGAGUUUGUGAAUCCGGCUUUUUAAAAUCAAUAUUAAAUAUUUUUUUUUAAUAAAAAAAUAAUAAAUCGAACGAUGAGCGUUUGUUGUGCCUGCAGAAAGCGAAAGAACUCCAGCUCGACCGCCAUUUUCCACGUUUUCCCCCGAGACCGGAAUCAGUCGGAGAAAUGGCGCAAGGCCGUUGGUCUGAAUGGCCCGCCGACUCCUUCCGCCAGAGUUUGCUCGGAUCACUUCACGGAACAGGAUUAUACCAAAGGCUGUGAUGGAGUUUCAAAGGGGAAAUUGCUGCUUCCAACGGCCGUUCCGUCACAAAAUUUGGACUCUCGAACCGACGCGAAUAACGCAUCCCCCGCAAAAGUUCCUCGUCCAUCCUCGACGAUUUCUCCCAAACUACAAGAACUCGAAGAAAUCCUCCAGCAAAACGCCGACCCGGCAUCAAUCAACUACUCACACGACCCGGACGCCCACACCAUCACGAUCCGCUACCAGCCGAUCCCGCAACCCUCGGACAGCCGCGCCAAGCGGGUUUGCACGCGUUGCAACGCGAUCCUUCGGGUGGUCGAUUACGGAACGCACGCCAAAAGCUGCGUCGGUGGCAAGCUGAAACCUUUCCAGUGUGGCACGUGCCAGUCGUGCUACGAAACGAUCAAGGAGCUGCGCCUGCACAAGUGCGAUCCCCACCAGGAACCGGACGACAAAGCGGAACGUCGCGAGCAGCUGGAGCUUUUGACGCAGGCCAUCGCCGGCCGGGAGUACGACUCGGACUCGGAUGAGAUGGACGUGGUAGGUGAAGAGGAGGUGCAACCGAACAAGCGAUGCGCGGAGUGUGACCGGCUGAUUCCGGUUAGUAGGAUGCAGGUGCAUUACCGGAAGUUUCACGGAGAUUGCGCGAACGCACCGUUCCGCUGUCGAUUGUGCGAGAGUCAGUUUGGGUUUUGCGGAGAUCUGUCCAAGCACCUGCGGUCGCAUACGGCGAAGCAGUUGAGGAGUUUGCGCAACCGGAAACCGGAUGGGAUUCCGUUCGACAGUGAUGGUAAGACAUGCUACGAGUGCUACCUUUGUGGGAACGUGUUUGGCACUGAGGAAGCGGUUCGAUUGCAUCAGGGGACGCAUCUGGGGAAUAACAUACGAUGUCCAGUGUGCGGGCGUAACUGCGAGUCGAAGUCUGAUUUCCUGAAGCAUUUGGCGAGUCAUCAGUAGAGAUCUUAAUGUUAUAAACGGUUUAACGUCUUAGAACAUCAUAAAA